CGGAGAAGAGGCACUAGAGACGGACAACCCACCACUGGCCGUCCCGACUGCCGAGGCUGGCCGGAGGACGGACCUCUUCUGUUUUAUUUUUUUUUUCCGUUUUUUUUUGUUUUGUUUUUCGUGGAAAGACCGAGCGAACACCUGAAACUCGAACGGGGCACGGAAACGGACGGGAUUAUAAGUUCCAUUUUCUCUUUUUUUGGACUUUCCGGCUGGAAGUUUUUCGUGACUCGACGGGGAAGCUAACGUUAGCCACCGUAGCCGCUAACUUGAUAGAUUCAUUUCAGCUCUAGAAAAAACACACUUCGGCAUCUUAAAACCAAUCUUUUAGUGUUUAAAAUGGGACAAAGCGCAUGUUUAUGAUGGAUUUUUAUCACGUUGUGUACUUUUAUAUGAAAUAGGGCGUUAUUUUCAGCUAAAUUACUCUAUGAAACUACCUAGCGUUAGCCACCUAGCAGGCACGUCACCUACAACCUGCCUCUUGUUAAAUGGUAUUUUUGAACUAGUUGAACGUUAUUUUCAUUUUAUUUGCAUUUUUAAGGAAGGCUGCUUGUUUUCGGAUGCAAAUGUAGACACUUUACUUCCAUAUCCAGAUAUGCAAUCAUCGAGCCACCAGCUAACUUGGAGCUAGGUGGCUAACUUGGAAUACUGCCCCCCUCCUCCUCCUCUGCUCACUUUAUGUGGGUUUUGCUUUGAGGCCUUUUUUGGGAGUUAUCCCUUUUUAUUUUCUUAUUUUCUCUUCACCAAGCCUUAAUGCAUCCUCAGCCUCUGAUUGGAAUUUAUAUUCCCUGAAAGAUAUUUGUGGUGAGGCCCUUGGAGUACCUGGAGGACCUUGCUGGCCUUUUUAAUUUAAUCAGAAACUAAGGUGGAUUACGGAGGAGGCUGGAAUAACUUUAUUCUGCAAAGAUGAUGUGCGAGGUGAUGCCCACCAUCAGCGAGUCGGAAGGGGGAGGUGGAGGCGGCCGACGGGGCUCCGGCUCCCCUCUGCAGUCGGACUCGGAGGGCCACUUUGAGUCGCUGAUGGUGUCCAUGCUGGAGGAGAGGGACCGUCUCCUGGAGACCCUGAGGGAGACGCAGGAGAACCUGGGCCUGACUCAGGGAAAGUUGCACGAAGUCAGCCAUGAAAGGGACUCGCUGCAGAGACAACUCAACACCGCUCUACCACAGGAGUUUGCUGCUCUGACGAAGGAGGUGAACGUGUGCAGGGAGCAGCUCCUGGAGAAGGAGGAGGAGAUCGCUGAGCUGAAGGCCGAGAGAAACAACACACGGCUGCUGCUAGAACAUCUGGAGUGUCUGGUUUCUCGCCACGAGCGCAGUCUGAGGAUGACGGUGGUGAAGAGGCAGGCUCAGUCUCCCGCGGGCGUCUCCAGCGAGGUGGAGGUCCUCAAAGCCCUCAAGUCGCUGUUUGAGCACCACAAAGCCCUGGAUGAGAAGGUGAGGGAGCGACUGCGUGUUGCCUUGGAGCGAUGCAGCGCGCUGGAGGAACAACUCACCAUGUCGCACAAAGAACUGGCGUACCUCAGGGAGCAGAGCUGUCAGAAGAGAGGCCUGGCAGACGGAACCAGCGAGGUCAACCACAACUCUGAAAACACACCCAGCACUAACGGCAAGCGGUCGUCUGACGGUUCGCUGAGCCAGGAGGAGGAGCCCGUUCCUGGGUUUGGGAAGGUGGGCGAGCUCCAGGAGGUGGUGGAGCGUCAGACGGCUGAUCUGGGCCAGAUGAAGGAGCGCAUGGCUGCUAUGGUGUCGCGCAUCAACGAGCUGGAGGAGGACCUGGACACGGCCCGAAAGGACCUCAUUAAGUCUGAAGAAAUGAACACGAGGCUGCAGAGAGACCUCAGAGAGUCGAUGGCUCAGAAGGAAGACAUGGAGGAGAGGAUCACCACCUUAGAGAAGCGCUACCUGGCGGCGCAGCGCGAGGCCACCUCCGUCCAUGACCUCAACGACAAGCUGGAGAACGAAGUGGCCAACAAGGAGUCGCUCUUCAGACAAACCGAGGAGAGAAACCGGCAACUCCAGGAGAAGCUGGAAGUGGCGGAGCAGAAGCUGCAGCAGACCAUCCGUAAGGCGGAGACGCUGCCUGAGGUGGAGGCCGAGCUGGCACAAAGAGUCGCCGCCCUCACCAAGGCGGAGGAGCGUCAUGGCAACGUGGAGGAGAGACUGAGGCAGAUGGAGGCGCAGCUGGAGGAGAAGAACCAGGAGCUGCUCAGGGCUCGACAGCGAGAGAAGAUGAACGAGGAACACAACAAGCGUCUUUCUGAGACCGUGGACAAGCUGCUGUCAGAGUCCAACGAGAGACUCCAGCUCCACCUGAAAGAGAGGAUGUCGGCCCUGGAGGACAAGAACUCCCUGAUCAGAGAACUGGAUCACACCAAGAAGCUGAUCGAGGAGUCUCACCACGAGAAGGAGCAGCUUCUGAUCCAAAUAGAGACGAUGAGGGCGGAGAAUGAGCAGGGGAGGAGCAGGAGCAACUCCUUACUCCACGGACGCUCUCAGCUGGGCAGCACCCCAGAUUUCAGGUAUCCCGUGUCGGCGUCCUCGCUGAUGGACAGUAACUCGGAUCACUACGGCAGCGCCCUGGUGCUGAGGAGGCCUCAGAAGGGACGCGUGGUGGCGCUCCGGGACGAGCCGUCCAAGCGACAUGUGCAGACGUUGAAUGAGCAGGAGUGGGAGCGCAUGCAGCAGGCUAACGUGCUGGCUAACGUGGCCCAGGCCUUCGAGAGCGACAUGGACGCCUCCGACCUGGAGGAGGACCGGGAGACCAUUUUCAGCUCGGUGGACCUGCUGUCCCCUGCCGGCCAGGCCGACGCUCAGACCCUCGCUCUGAUGCUGCAGGAGCAGCUGGACGCUAUAAACAAUGAAAUCAGAAUGAUCCAGGAGGAGAAGGAGAGCACCGCCAUCCGGGCCGAGGAGAUCGAGUGCAGGGUGGGCAGUGGCGACAGCCUGGGGGGACGUUUCCGCUCCAUGAGCUCCAUCCCUCCGUCGCUGUGUGCCGGCUCCUCGCUGGGGGGUUCUCCGCCCGGGUCGGGCCACUCCACCCCCAGACGCAUCCCCCGGAGCCCCAACAGAGAACUGGAUCGCAUGGGCGUCAUGACCCUGCCUAGUGACCUGCGAAAGCACCGCAGGAAGUCUGCUCAGGACGACAAGGCCACGAUCCGAUGUGAGACGUCUCCUCCCUCCACUCCUCGCUCCAUGCGUCUCAACAGGGAGACAGGACACGCCUCCAGCCACGAGGACAUCAGAGACAUCAGAGGCGUCCCCUGUCUCCAGGAUGGACAGGCCAGUAACCCCAGCAGCAGCAGCAGCAGCCAGGACUCCCUGAACAAAGCAGCCAAGAAGAAGAGCAUCAAGUCGUCCAUAGGACGCCUGUUUGGGAAGAAGGAGAAGGGACGAUCCAGCCUCCCUGGGAGGGACUCGUCCAGCCAAGCUGGAACCCCUGAGGCUGACGUGUCUCCGAAGGACGGUUUGGGGAUGGGGACGCUCGGUGGUCCUGCAGAGAAGAACAGGAAGCUCCAGAAGAAUCCAAAGACCGGGCAUGAGUUGCUGGAGGAGGCUCGCAGGCAGGGCCUUCCCUUCGCCCAGUGGGACGGACCAACCGUGGUGGUUUGGCUGGAGCUGUGGGUGGGCAUGCCGGCCUGGUACGUGGCUGCAUGUCGGGCCAACGUGAAGAGCGGUGCCAUCAUGUCGGCGCUAUCGGACACAGAGAUCCAGAGGGAGAUCGGCAUCAGUAACCCCUUACACCGCCUCAAGCUACGCCUGGCCAUCCAGGAGAUCAUGUCUCUGACCAGCCCCUCAGCCCCGCCCACCUCCAGAACGACCACAGGAAAUGUUUGGCUCACACAUGAAGAGAUGGAAACUUUGGCAGCUACUCCUCCAACGGAGGAUGACGAGGGCAGCUGGGCCCAGACGCUGGCGUACGGAGACAUGAACCACGAGUGGAUCGGCAACGAGUGGCUGCCCAGUCUGGGUUUGCCUCAGUACCGCUCCUACUUCAUGGAGUCCCUGGUGGACGCCCGCAUGCUGGACCACCUCACCAAGAAGGACCUGAGGGGACAGCUGAAAAUGGUGGACAGCUUCCACAGGAACAGUUUUCAGUGCGGUGUGAUGUGUCUGAGGAGGCUCAACUACGACCGGAAGGAGCUGGAGAGGAGGAGAGAGGAGUGUCAGCUGGAGCAUAAAGACGUCCUGGUGUGGAGCAACGAGCGCGUGAUCAGCUGGGUUCAGGCCAUCGGCCUCAAAGAUUACAGCAGUAACCUUUAUGAGAGCGGAGUCCACGGGGCUCUGCUGGCCCUGGACGAGACCUUCGACCACAACGCUCUGGCUCUGCUGCUGCAGAUCCCCACGCAGAACACGCAGGCCAGAGCAGCUCUGGAGCGUGAAUACAACGGUCUGCUGGCCAUGGGCACCGAGCGGCGGAUGGAGGAGGACGACGACAAGAACUUCCGGCGAGCUCCGUCGUGGAGGAAGAAGUUCAGGCCCAAAGACAUGAGGGGGAUGUCGCUGGGGGCGUCGGACACGCUGCCCGCCAACUUCCGAGUGACCAGCAGCGGCGCCGCCUCGUCUCCCUCCACGCAGCCAAAGAGGAGCCCGAUGGACGGAAGUCAGUCUAUACAGAGGCUGGACACUGCCACAGUCAGGACCUACUCUUGUUAACACGCAACGUUUAUCCUCAUUAUUUCUAUAGGUAGCCGCUGGUCCGAAGACGAAGGGGAAUUCCCCGCAUUCAAGACCCGGAUGAUGAACUGAAAUGACACUAAAACACAAAAUUAAAAAGACAUUUCCUGACUCACCGAUCUCAGUAUCCCUAGAGGAGCCUUCCUAGAUUUCUCCUUGUUUGUUCUUAUAUUUAUGUAAACCAGCUGAUUACUUUAGGAUCACUAUGUAACCCCUUCACCCUUCACCCGGCUCCAUCUUUGCCUCUAAUCCCUUUAAUCGAUCCACUUUUUAAAACAUUUCUCCAUGUUAAGCUCAGAUGUAUGGAACUGAAUGUCUGGAGUUUGUACAUUUCUACCGACAGACGUUUUUAUCUAAUCUUUGUUUUUUUUUGUUUGUUUUUUGUUUUUUAAAUUAUAUAUAUAUAUAUAUAUAUAAUCCUGAUUCUAUUGACCAGAUGUAUGUUUUUUUUUUUUCGUUUCCUCUCUUUUGGAUUUGAGCUCUAAUCAAACUUAAUUUCUGCUAAAGUGACUUUGUGAUAUAACUUAAUUCAUAUCCCUUUUUAACGGUUGUAAUUUUAUUUGUUUUUUGUAGCUGAUGAUGAUGAUAAUGAGCGUUUUGUGUAAAUGCGGCUCUUUAGUGCGUUAAAUUGCUGGAGGCUCAGAAACACUGUGAGUCAUCCCUCACCUUUUCUUUCUCUUUUCUCUGCGAAACCAAAACUUUUUAAAACGAAUUAAAGCCAUAUGAUAUAUAAAUAACGUAGCUGAAACAGAGGGGGCGCUGCUGCUCCUUGAUGCAAACACACUUCCAGGUUGUUUUUUUAGUUGCAUGCAAAAAAAAAAAAAAAGGAAAAAUACAUAAAAUAAAUCCACUUAACCCCCUCUCAGUAUAUAAAUAUAUAAAUAUCCCUUUAAUGAAAUUCCUCACCUCUGGAGAAACACAUCUGUGUGGAAACUCCUUCCAAUGGACCAACUUCACCGAGGCCUCAGUCGAACACUUUGUACUCAGAUUUCAUAUCGAGCCUUAUAUCAUUACUUAACUCCUCUCUUCUUAUUUAUUAUCCACACCUCCAGAGACACCGGUUCCUUUUUGAAAGCUUCGAGUAGAAAUAGUUUUUUGUUUGUUGUUAUCGUUUGUCUUUUUUUUUUUCAUUUUAUUUUUUAUUUAGAAAUUGAUGCACAAUGCAAAUCAUGUUGCUGUCGUUUUAUUCCUGCUCUUCCCCGUUGAGUCGUCUUCGUGUAACAAUGAUGUACAGUCUGAGUACUUAUAAACUAUUUUUAUCACAGUA